UGUUUAAAGUAAAAAAAAAAUAUUUAAAAUAUAAUUGGGUAUAAUAGACUAAUUAUUCAGAUAAUUAAAUAUACCUACGUAUCUAAUUUGAUGACUUGUUUACAUAAUUAAUAUUAUAAACAUAAAACCAAUUACAUGAUGGAUAAUGCAGAAAAGAAUAAAUUAAAACCUAAAUAAGUGAAAUCUAAAUAUCUUUCUAUAACGUGUCCAAUAAAAUAAAUUAAAUUCUGGAAACCAAUACAGUGAAAUACAAAGAAAAUUAAAAUUAGAUUACCGAAAUAUGUAAUAUUUAGAAAAAAAAAUAUUUUGUCUUCAGUUAAAUAAAUACUAACAAGAAUUUAAUAAACAUAAUAUAUAAAUAAAUAAAUAAUAAAUAUACUUAAACAAUACACAUCACUAUCUAGCCCCAAAGUAAGCAUACAGAGUAGCUUGUGUUAUGGGUGCUAAGAUAGUUGAUAUUAUAAUAUUAAUAUACAAUCAUAUACUACAUAUAAAUACUUAUAUAAUGUAUAAAUACACACAGACACUGGAAAAAACCCAUGCUCAUCACACAAAUAUUUUCCAGCUGUGGGAAUCGAACCCACGGCCGUGAAUGCAGAAAGCAGGGUCACUACCCACUGCGCCACGCGGCCGUCAUAUAUUUCUACAUUAAAUCGUAAAACGUAUUUACAGUGUCCACUGAAGAUUGAAGAAAUAGUGAAAAUAUUACUGGAGAAAACAAUUUUGAAGCAAAAAUGAAGUUGAUAUUCAUUAUAUCAGUUUUUUUCGUAACAGUUAUGAGUCAAAACGCCUGGAUGCCGAUAGUGAGUCCUUUGCUCAGCUGGUAUCCCUGCAGGGAUGACCGGGACAUAAACGUGUGGUUUGAACCCGGUCUGAAGCCCAAAAACAGCAACCGGUAUUUUGUGUAUGUAAAUAAACAAUUUCCCAAGGACUGCAAAAUCAAAAUUUCAUUCGACAGCGAAGUGGACGCAGCGUUUGUUGUUCGAACGGCGGAUAACGAAUACUCGAGAAUCUAUCUGUCUGAAGGAGAUACAUUGUCGUUGAACUUCUUCGUGCCUCACCACGGUCUCGGCUUCAUCAUCAGGGGCAGCGAACCGGGGGUCACCCCCUACCUGCGCAGUUUCACCGUUGACAACGUGGAGUACUGCAAGGAUCCUGUUGUGGGUUUCAUGGAGCCCUAUGCAUCCAAAACCGAGGAGCAAGAGUGGUCCACCUGCGGGCGGCGGGUGGUGGAUCACGCCGAGCUGAUGAUCAACGGCGAGGACACCAAGCCCGGUGACUGGCCCUGGCACGCCGCGCUCUACAAACUGGACAAGGAGACCCUAAACAACAAGUACAUAUGUGGUGGAACAAUCAUAUCCAAGAACUUUGUGCUAACAGCUGGACAUUGCGCAUCGUACCGGGGCGCGAAGCUAGAGAGGGAAGUGCUUGGAGUUAUACUUGGCAAGUACAGGCUAAAAGGAGACGACAAAGUGUCUGUAGAAAAAGAGGUGCUUGAAAUAAUCCUUCACAAGGACUUCUCGUACCACCCGCUCAAGCACGACAUAGCGCUGCUCAAGCUCAGCACCGAGGUGGUGUUCACAGAGUUCAUCCGCCCCGCCUGCCUGUUCCGCGCACAGGACAGGGACAAGUUGCGCUCGGACGACAUACAGGGAACCAUCAUCGGAUGGGGUUUCGACAAAUCCGACAAUUUGACUCGUGCACUGAAGAAGGCUAGCAUGCCCAUCGUGUCGGAAGCUACCUGCUUGAAGACCAAUCCGUUCUUCUAUACACGCGGAUUGAAUGAUAUAUAUACCUUUUGCGCCGGAGAUGCGAACGGAACGUCAGCAUGCAACGGCGACAGUGGAGGUGCUUUUCAGGUGUUCGUCCCGGACGAGAUCCAAAUAGGUGACAAGGACACGUCCGGCUCCUGGCACGUGAAGGGCAUCAUCUCCAACACGGUCGCGCGCGACGACGCGCCCAUCUGCGAUCCAAACUACUACGUCAUCUUCACCAACGUGGAGAGCUACAUAGACUGGAUCGAAGAGCAUAUAUAUUAGCUGCUAACAUAGACUUAGUAUAGGCAAACAUAAUAGAUAGAGUGAGUGCCUGUGUGAUUGAAACCCUCAGGCCUAUGUGCGCGCUACCAUAUAUCAGUCCUCGUGACGAGAACACUUAUUUGUUCAACAUCACUUGUUGAAUACGCGGUAAAAUAUAACAUAUGCAGAUAAAGUUUGAAUUUGUUUGUCGAAUGCCGAGUUUCAAUCCCGAACAAGCGAAGGAUACUAUAAUUCAAUAACGAGCGUAGCGAGUGAUUCUAGGUUAGAAUCCUGAGCGUAAUGAGGGAUUCAAAGGCACAAGAGACAAAUACUUUGCUCUCGUGUGAUACAUACAAUUUUUUACCUCAAUAGCGAAAAAAUACAAGAUGUAUAAUCAUAAGCUUUUAUGUAUUUUUCUCUCGACUUUGCCGGUAAAAAGUCCAAUUCGCUGUCAAUUACUUGUUGUUUUAAUUCAAUCGGAGUUAAAUUUUCACUCGUAUCACUCAUGAUUUUUACUUUUACAACAAUUGCGUACCUAAAAUUACAAAAUUUAUUGAAAAAAAAAAUUCUUUUGUUUUUCCCGCUAUUUUUUGCAUCAUUUAUAUAAUUUAUAAAAAAAUAUAACUGUGUAAAAAAGGUUAAA